CCCCGGCUCCAAUAUUAGCUGGUCUGGAGCAUGGUAACCGGCCCGCCGCGGCUAUUUUCCCUCUAAACGGAUGGCAGAAGUUCCCAUGUUACCCAAACAAAGACCCUGCCGGGUCCUAGUGCUGGGUGGGUAACAGCUUCUGCUACAUCCACAGUCUGGAGGAAAAGCAGCCCUAAUAGAAAGUCAAACAUCAGUGCCGUGGGGUGUGUCGCUGUGCGGCCGUAGAGCAGGCUGCCGGCCGGCCGGCUAGCCGGGGCUGCAGCUGGUUGGUGGGUUAGCAGGCUGGCAGCAGGAGCAGCACAGCGGAAGGAAGCUACUCCUGCUGGCCGGGCGAACUACUACUAACCCCGGCAAGCUAAGCUAGCCCGCUCCGCUGCUACCCGGCGGUUAGCCUGAGCAUGCUAAUGCUAAGGCUAGCAGGGGGUGAUGGAGGAGGAGGAGUCUGAUGCUGUUAGCAGACGGUCCUCCAAGCCUGUCUCUGCUGCCGAGGAAUCCUUCCACCUCCAUCAGCAUCCAUCCGUCCAUCCAUGUCAGGCCAGAGGUCCAGCUGAACCAGCAGCUCCAGCUAUCACCUGAAAAUCCCUCCCUGAAGCAUGGAGUCAAGCUGCCUGCUCGACCUUUUAUGAGCUGAAGGGGAGGACUGCAGCAGAAAUGGGAAGAAGGCAGCAGAGGCCAUGUCGCUCAGUAAGGAGGACAUGUCUAUCUUCGGCCUUUACCCCGGCCACGACGACUUCUACUUGGUGGUGUGCAGCCAUUGUGGCCAAGUGGUGAAGCCUCAGGCCUUUGAGAAGCACUGCGAGCGGAGACACGGUCCUCUGGCCAAGCUCUACGGAAAGCUCCGCUCUCCCACGCCGGCCCCCCAGCUCCAGAGACCCUACCACGCCCACUCCCCGUCACACGGGAUCAACGCCCCUUCUGCUUCGUCGUGGGAGGGGCGGGGGCCGAACGUCGUGCCGCCCAGGGCCGCCCCGCCCUCACCUUCCACCCCGCCCCAGUACAGAUACUCCAAGAACUCCAAGGAUGGAGUCCGACAUUCCCCACUAGAGAAGUCGUUCCACAGCAGCCACAAAGAGCCAGCAGUGUUCAAGCAGCCGCCGCUUCUGGAGCCUCCGGUCCUGUCUCCGCCUCCGUCGCUUCGGGAUCCGCCGUGGCCACAUGGAGCGCCCUCUGCUGGCAGGCCUCCAUCCAGCGACAAGCAGCCCACGCAGAGGAAGGACUCUGCUCAGCUGUCUGCAGCCAUGGGCCACCGGGUCCCCCGGCCGUACAACAAGGUGGCCUCCAAGAGGGAGUGUGACCUGGACAAACACUGCGGCGUCCUGGACCCUGACAGGAAGAAGGUCUGCACUCGCCUCCUCACCUGCAACAUCCACUCCAUCCACCAGCGCAGGAAGGUGCUGGGACGCAGCAAGAACUUCGACCUGCUGGUUGCAGAACUUAAGAUGAGGGUGAGGGAGAAGGCCCUGGAUGGAGGCUUCUCUACCGGAGGGUCCCCCAGUCCGGAGGCCCCGAGGGAGCAGGCCGGCGUUCCCCACUGCAGGAGACCCCUGGCCAGCCUUCCUGCUUUCAGUCGCUCCAUGGCCAUGUCGGAGUGUGCCCCAGAGGAGGAGAAGCAGUGGCAGGAUGAGGCUGGGGUCCAAGGGCCUUCACCUCUGCUCCAUGGUCACAUCUCCAGCGACGACAGUGAGACGGAAGGAGCUGAGGAACCGGCAGACUUCCCAUCAUCCAUUGCACAUCCCAGACCUGCAGAGGUGUGCUCGUUCGGCAGCCGUUCUCUGGGUCACGGCAUUUACACGUUCGACAGGAGGCUCCACCACGCCAGGUGGGCUCUCAGCAGCAUGCUGGAGCAGCAUAUCAGCGCCCACCUCUGGAAAAAAAUACCUCAAGCCACAGAGCUGCUGUCACCGACUUCCUUGGCCAAGUCCAUCAGCUCUUCCUCUCCUGUCUCCAUAGCAACCUCCUCCACCUUCCAUUCUAAGGUCCGUGCAGGAAGCCAUAUAAGCUCUUCUCUUAAAAACGCCUCAUCGUCUCCGAGCCGUGGACCGGGCAGACUGCCGGCAGCCGUGCAGUCGGAGAACUCUGGCGCCGGCUUUGCUGGUCCCCAUCCCACGUCCGGGGGCCGGCCCGGCGUGGUCCGUCAGGGGGGAGGGGCCAGACACAAGAAUCCUGUGGGGCGUCCCAGCAAACAGAUGCUGAAGCUGCGCGAGGAGGCCGCUGCGGCCGCCGCCUUCCGCAAACGAAAAGCUCCGUCCCAGGAAGGAGAGCACUCGGGCCCCGAGAGGAACUGCAUCGUCCUGCAGGACCGGGGCCCCCCACCUUCUACCGUCUCCUCCUCAUCAUCUUCCUCCUCUUCCAAAGCCCCCCCCUCCUCUCUGCUCCCUCAUGGUCAGACCAAUGGAACCCUUUCCCCUGGAAAGCCCCGCCCUCAGCCUCCCGCCUCAGACUCCCCCGCUGCCAAGGCAGUAUGGACGUACAAACGGACCCACCCCCCUCUGAGCCACUCCUCUCCUCCAGACCCCUCCUCUGCUAGCAACUCCCACAGUCGGACCGGCGUGGGCGACUCGGGAACGCACGGGCCGGGGAGUGGGAGGACAUUUCUAGAACAUCAGGGACUGAAGAAACGAAAGGUGGGGGCUGUAGAGGAGCACCCCCCCUCGUCCAAACUCUCAUCGCAGCGCCUUCCUUCCUCCUCCUCUAGCUCCGCCCCCUCCUCCUCGCCAUGCUCCGGUUUCUACCCCUGGAAGGACAGUAAGAGCGGCGGCCUGGAGGGGGACAUGGAGAAGAAGCUGGGCAUACAGAAGCCAAAACUGCACCAUUAAGUGUGCUUGCCUUACAAGCCACUACGGGGGAGCCAGCUCCACUCAGUCUGGGACUGAGCCAGCGGGACUCUGGGUGUGUGUGUGUGUGCUGAGCGUGUGUGUGUGCGUGCGUGCUGAGCGUCCGCUCCGGUGUAAAUGGACCAGGUAUGUGUGCUGUGCCGUAUGGAGCUGUAUGAAUGAGCAGAGGAGGGUGGGCUGAAACAUAGAGUAUGGAUUAGAAAUACCUCAAGACCAUCUGGUUAUGCUGCUAAAUUGAAUAUGUUGGUUUAUUAAAAAUGUAAUUUUCACUUGG